AGCCUCUGCUCCACAUCUGUGACUGCAGCCUUCUCCAUCCAGCUGAGAGGGAAAUUAUGUGUGCAAGAGGAGUCAGGGCUCCCUUGCUGGCACACUGCUCACAUUGCUAGGACUGCCACCCCUGCUGCACGCUCAGCCACAUGCUCGAGGAUGCUGCACCUGAAAGUCCAGUUUCUGGAUGACUCCCAGAAGAUCUUUGUAGUUGAUCAAAAAUCCUGCGGAAAAGGGUUGUUCAACCUCACCUGCAGCCACCUCAACCUUGCGGAGAAGGAAUAUUUUGGGCUGGAGUUUCGCAGCCAGGCUGGGAACCAGGUCUGGUUGGAACCACUAAAACCCAUAACAAAGCAAGUCAAAAAUCCUAAGGAGGUUCUUUUCAAAUUUAUGGUGAAAUUUUUCCCAGUGGACCCCGGCCACCUGAGAGAAGAGCUGACCAGGUACCUCUUCACCCUCCAGAUCAAGAAGGACCUGGCACAGGGGCGGCUGCCCUGCAGUGACAAGAGCGCAGCGCUGCUCGUCUCCCACCUGCUGCAGUCCGAGCUGGGCGACUUCCACGAGGAGACAGACCAGCAACACCUGGCGACCCACAGGUACCUGCCCAACCAGGAGUACCUGGACAACAAGAUUAUGCACUACCACCGCAGACACAGAGGGAAGACACCGGCCGAGUCAGAUGUUCAGCUGCUGGACGUGGCCAGGAAGCUGGAGAUGUAUGGGAUUCGUCCACACCCUGCCAGCGACGGCGAGGGGACACAGAUCAACCUGGCUGUGACACACAUGGGGGUGCUGGUCCUGCGGGGCAAUACAAAAAUCAACACCUUCAACUGGUCCAAAAUCCGCAAACUGAGUUUCAAAAGGAAACAUUUUCUCAUCAAGCUCCAUGCAAAUAUCUCUGAGCUGUGCAAGGACACACUGGAGUUCACUAUGGCCAGCCGGGACACCUGCAAGGCUUUCUGGAAGACGUGUGUGGAGUACCAUGCCUUCUUCAGGCUCUCUGAGGAGCCCAAGUCAAAACCCAAAGCCCUUCUGUGCAGCAAGGGCUCCAGCUUCCGCUACAGUGGGAGGACGCAGCGGCAGCUGCUGGAGCACGGGAGGAAGGCAAAGAUGAAAAGCCUCCCCUUCGAGAGGAAGCACUACACGUCCCGCUAUGACGAGAGACAGUGCCGCUCCUCCCCGGACCUCCUGACGGAUGUCUCCAAGCAGGUGGAGGAGCUGCGCCUGGCCUACAGCAGCCGUGGCUCGUACCACGCCAACGGAGUGCACGCCUCCGAGCCCACCCUGGACAGCCGGCGCCGGAGCUCCACGGUGGAGGUGACAUUCGCCGCUGAGCUGGAACACUCCAGGCCCGAAGCAUCCCCCACCUUCCUCCCCCACUCCAAAAGCUCGUCUGCCUUCCCCCUGCUCUAUGCUGAGCUGGAGAUGGAGCAGGCAUGGGAGCCCAUGGACCUCUUUGGUGCCAGGAACCCUUUGACAUCCUUUCGGCCCCACCACCAGUUUUCUGGGAACAAUAAAAGCACCUCGGUGGGCAACAUGCGGGAGGUGAGUGCCCGACCACUUGUGUACAUGGAUGUGCCAUCUCCCCUGCCUGUGGCUGCCCCGGCCCCGCAGCUCCUCUUCUACAUGGACAGGGCCCCGCAGCCCCCGUGCCAGACGCUGGCACCUGGUGAGGACGCAGCAGGACUAGUUGGUCCAUGUGGCCCCGUGGCAGCAAAACCCCCCAGGCAGAGCCCGGGCGGGACCCAGGCUGGGGAGUUUGACCAUGAGGCUGCGGGCACGGCAGUGGGCAGAGGCGUGGUGGGGGAGAACAGGUCACUGGCUCGCUCCUUCGAUUACGGCCUUCAGGAGCAGCCUCCCAAGCGGUCUUGGAGCCAGUCGGACAUGAAAACCAUGCGCUUCCCCUAUGGCUCUGAGUUCAGGCCCCUGGGGCCGUGCCCUGCGCUGAGCAGCCGGAAAGCAGGUGUAUUUUGGCACGUACCAGCCCAGCAAGGGCUGGCACUGGGGCCACGGCGCUCCACCGAGCGCUACCUGGGCAGCAGCACCGAGUCCAGCGACUCCGACUCGGACCUCCUGGCCGCCGACUACUGCUCCCUGUACGGGCGGGUGCUGCGCUCACCCAUGGCCCGGGUGCGCCUGUCCUCCGGCAGCCUCCAGCUGGAUGAGGAGGAUGAGGAGGUGUCCUUCGCCACCAGUGCUGCUGAAAAGACUUCCAGGGGGCCCUCCAAGUAUUUCACCUAGGUGCCUGACACCGGCCAGAGGGAGCAGAGGUGACCGCCGCUGACCCAGGACCAUGGAACGGUGACACUCUUGUUUGCUUACAGCUAAUGAAACAUUGAUGGGCUUCUGUUGUGUGAGUUCUCCAGGGUGUGUUAAUGGACAGCAGGGGAGUGUUCAGAAGUAUUCAACACCUGCUGGUGUGUCUCUGCCACCAUACAUGGCAGGUCUUGCUUCAGUGAGGGGCCAGGGCUUUCCCAAAGCUCUGUUAAGACCUUGUGUCCUGCCCAAGCUGAUGGGUAGGACACAGCCCGUUAUGCUUUGGAGCUCAGCUGCUGGAGUCUUCACCGAGGGGGGAGGGAGAAAAAGAAAAGAGACUUGUCAUGGAACAGUUUAAGCCGCUGUUUUUUCCCAGCUGCAGGGAAGUACACUGGUGGGAAGGGUGUUUGAGGCCCCUUUGGAGAGGAGCAGGAUGUUCAUGGAGGUCUGCUCCAGGAGAUGACUCCAUGUGGACACAGCCAAC